ACGACCACAUACGUCACGGCGACCUGUAUUAUCUUUAGACCUGUAUCUGGUCGGUCUAAACCUAAUACAUUCACAUUAUCUCCAGUCGACGUGGCCACAUGGCCUUGGAAGCCCUCUACACAAGCGCACAAUAACACGAGGGAAUAACCCAGCUACUGCAGUGAGGUGACCAAACUGCGCGGACGGUGAAGAUUAUUAUAAGUUCCACUGACCACUGAUGACCUGAUGCUUUGAGCAAAUGAGGACGCAAGCAAUAGCAGUCAGAUUUUGUCGUUAACAGACAAACGGAUUAAGACGGAUCAUUCCAAAUCGGAUGCCAUUUCAUGUGUUUGUGGUGACUUUCAACAACUGCCUUUGUGAUUCAGGACUGAGGUGGUGAUCAGUUUUAUUUCAAAAUGGCGUUGCGAUUGUCCGGUUUGGCGCAGGUGCAGCUGUGGAUUGGCAUCACCAUUGGACUUGUUGUCGCCUUUCUGGUCACUAGCAUUAGUCGAGUAUCUCCUAUCACCAGUUUCGGGUUCAGUUCGGAGCAGCUGAAUCCCAGACACAUCGGACAAACAGUCAACACCAUGACUGCCGGGACGGCCGGUGUACCUGCUUCUGGUCCAAAGGGAGAGAAUCUUCAUGAAGAGUUUGAAAAACACGUUGAAAAACACAAGGCCGGGAACGUCAAAUUUGAAGAUAAACACGUACAUCACGAUGAUGACACAAUCGCCAAGUCCCUGUUUGAGAAGGAGCGCGUGCUUUGCUGGAUAAUGACGUCACCACAGAACCUAGAGUCAAAAGCACGUGUAGUUCGCGAUACGUGGGCUAAACGUUGCAACAAGGUUAUUUUCAUCAGUUCCACAACAGAUCCGAAGUUUCCAACAGUUGGCUUAAAGGUCGCUGAAGGCCGGGAACAUCUAACAGCCAAAACAAUACAAGCCUUUCGGUAUAUUUACGAGAAACAUAUAGACGACGCCGAUUGGUUCAUGAAGGCUGACGAUGAUACCUAUGUUAUAUUAGAGAACCUCCGAUACUUCUUAUCGUCGCAGAAGAAGACGGAUCCUGUAUAUUUUGGCCACCAUUUUAAGACAAUCGUUAAACAGGGUUACUACAGCGGCGGAGGGGGGUAUGUGCUGAGUAAGGAGGCGUUGAAAAGAUACGGGGAAAAAGGUCACGACCCAAAAAUAUGUCGACAAGAUGGCGGCGCUGAGGACGCAGAGUUCGGCAAAUGUAUGGAGAAUCUAGGGGUGAAGACAGUCAACUCUACAGACGCCCUGGGGAGGAGCAGAUUCCACUGUUUCGACCCUGAGACCCACCUGUUUGGAGGCUACCCUGACUGGUAUUACCAAUACGACGCCAAUGGGGCCCAAAAGGGAACAGAGAGCAUCUCCGACUACGCCAUAUCCUUCCACUACGUGCCCCCACAGAAGAUGUACGCUCUGGAGUUUUACAUCUACCACUUACGACCGUAUGGCAUUGUGUCCGGCACUCAAGAUCUCAACAAAAAACACGUGAAACCCGGAACUCAAGCUCACUAGACAUGCGUACUGGUACCCGAAAGUCAAGAGAGACAUGCGUAGUGGAAAGACAUUAUUACUGUGAUCUGUGAAAUAUGUUGAAAUCAAUAACGCUUCUCACUGUGAUUUAGUCUACUGGUGCCAGAAUCUGGUACAUUUCUGUAUUACUCGCUGGUGCUAGUGUGAUGGAAGACUGGCUGCACACAGCAUGUGUGAAGUAGUUUCUCCAUUAUACCAAACCAAUGAAACUAGUCAAAUGUCUGGAACUAAAUGCCACUUUGUACAGCAUCAUGUUCAGAGAGAUCUGGACACUGGAGGAUGAUUGGGCAACUGGUCAGUGCUGGACAGAUUGACGUAAGCGUCAGUGUAUUAUAAUUGCUGACUCGGUCAAAUCCCGAGAAUGGUAACUUCAAACCUCAUUUCAACAAUGUCACGAGAAACCCGUUCACCUCAAGUUCACUAGUCAUGAGUACUGGUACUCUGAAGUCAAGAGAGACAUGCGUUUCUUUGCAAUUAUAACCAAAAAAUAACCAUUUCAACAAUGACCAAAUAUUGAAUCACGGGGUCCAACAUGAGGUUAUUCGCUGUGUGGUCGAACCACACCCAGUGCGUAACCCUCUAACGUCAUGUACGUGCCUUCUGUUCAUGAAAAGAAGCCGAUGUAUGUAUUUUCAAUAUUGUCUCAUCGAAUGCCCUUGCAAACACUUGAGGCCUUAUCUGAGUCAUGGCACAGCAAGUAGUUACACACGGGGUUACAUCCAUGUAUGUGUUAACUAGAAGUUUGCUGUUUAGACAAACAAUCAUAAUUAUAUAUGGUAUUACCGUAUAUCCUCUGUUAGGAUGUCUGCAACUUAUAUUUUCGUGCAACCCGCUGACCGAACGCAUAUGGAGACCCAGCGACUGUUCCUUCUAAGACGCCGGAACUGUCACAUAGGGCUGACAGCAACGUUAUUUAAAUAAAUAAUGUGAAAAAUAUUAAAUGUAUAUGUCCGGUGAUGGGGUUCACUAUUUAAUGGCGGAAAGAAUCGUUAAAGUCGGAGUUACGGAGUCGUCUAAUUUGUGAAGAUAGCCACAAGUCAUGAUGAGCAAAUACUGAUGCUUAACCUGAGUUUCACAGAAAUCUGGCCAUGAAACUCGACGUGGGCGUAAACCAGAAGCACAUACUGUUUAUAAUGUUAAUUUAUGUGUGAUAAAAUAAAUCCUUGAUGGCAUAUUGUCCUCACCUCUGACGUUUUACGAUGUAUUUUAACAUCAGGACUUGAAUACUUAAAUUCACUGUUAUUUUCGAAGGAGUGAGCGAGUUUAGUUUUACGCCGUUUUUAGCAAUAUUCCAGCAAUAACACGGCCGGGGACACCAGAAAUGGGCUUAACGCACUGUAGAAAUGUGGGGAAUCGAUAUUUUCGAAGGACAACCCCGUCAAGUCAGCAAUUGCAUAUUAUAUAUAGGAACUGGUUUAUAUACAUGCAGUUUAUUAUAUCAGAUGGACUGGGUUCAACGUUGCCUUCAAGGCCUUUGCUCAUGUAUCGUAAAAUACUUUGUUUUGUUUGAUCGUUGAAUGUGAGAAACAAAACACUUGUUUGUUGAAUUGCAUUUAUUAUUGCCACAAUGUUAUCGACAUCCUAUCAUGAUAAUUGAAACAAACACGGCCAUUGUAUGGUGAGGGGGAAAUGUAUCAAGUGAUGAGAUAAUAGUCUGAAAAUUAGGAACUGUCAGUUAAAUGCAUACCGAACAAAACAAGUGAAUGAAUCAUGAGUAUAUGCUGGGAUAUCACACACACUUUUCUGCUUAAUCUUCGGUGCAAAUAUAAUAACGUCCAAACUAUUCAAGAUCUCUAAGCUACUUUGGUUGUGUGUAUGUUUCAAAGGGCACGUACUUCAGUUUGGUCGUAUGAAGAUAUUGGUGUGAUUUCUUUGUGCGAGCUACGAGAUGACAUUAAUUGAAUGAAUUUACACAUUGACGUAAACAGUGUAUUUUUGAAAUAAAUCAGAUAAUAUUUUGGCA